AUGAAAAGGGAAGAGGGGAAGGAACAGCAUCCCCAUUGGCCUCCUCUGCCCUAUAAUAGUAGAUCCUACGCCUACAAUAGUAGACCCUACGCCUACAAUAGUAGACCCUACGCCUAUAAUAGUAGACCCUACGCCUAUAAUAGUAGACCCUACGCCUAUAAUAGUAGACCCUACGCCUAUAAUAGUAGACCCUACGCCUAUAAUAGUAGACCCUACGCCUAUAAUAGUAGACCCUACGCCUAUAAUAGUAGACCCUACGCCUAUAAUAGUAGACCCUACGCCUACAAUAGUAGAUCCUACGCCUACAAUAGUAGACACUCGCCUAUAAUAGUAGCCACAAACUUACUGGAGUGUCGAAAGCCUUGUCAUAG